UGUGUAACCACGUGUAUGUGUUUCUUCAUGAUGAUGAAAUAUUUAUAAUUUUUGUAUAGAAAAGAAGAUUACUGUUAUAUUUGGUAAACAAGAAUAAUGGAAGGCGAUACUUUAGAAGACGUUACUUUAACGGUUUUGAAAGACUUAACUGAAGAUGAUUUAUAUAUUCCUCCUGUCAAAUAUGAGUAUUUAGAUCACCCAGCUGAUGUUCAGUUACAUGCAUGGGGAGACGAUCUGAUCGAAGCAUUUGAACAGGUUGGUGUUGCAAUGUUUGGUUAUAUGACAGAAUUAGAAUAUGUAGAAAUAAAGAUGACAGGAGAUAUAGAAGCUGAAGCGGACGAUAUGUUAGGUCUAUUAUUCCAUUAUCUGGAUGAAUUUUUGUUUCUUUUUAGUGCCGAGCCCUUUUUUAUUCCUAGGAAAAUAAAAAUUUUAGAAUUUGACAGGGAAAAUUUCAGGAUUAAAGCCAGAGGAUAUGGUGAAGUAUUUGAUUUAGAUAAACAUCCACAGGGUACAGAAGUAAAAGCCAUCACUUAUUCCAAUAUGCAAGUUCACGAUAACGAAAAUCAGCACGAAGUGUUUGUUAUAAUAGACAUAUAGAAUUAAAGUAUUUUUCUGUUUUUUUUUUAUUUGAAACAACUUAAUCAUCAGUAUAGAAA